GAACAGUUCGAGAGUUGAUAUCGACUCGCGGGGCGUUGCGCCUGGAAACUGGAAAAGGCUCACAGCCACAUUCACAAAGCGAAGGUUCCGCGUUGUGCAGCAACCGUCUCUUUUUGUCAGUCAUGUUUUCAUACAUUUUUACUGUCAUUUACGCUUUUUAACCGUUUAACUAAAUAUAGAUAUAGAUUAAAAUGGAACAAUUGGAAGAUGACAAUUUAGAUUUUUUGGAAGCUAUAUUGGAUAGUGUCGAAAACGAGCAUAGUGAGGGCCAACGACCGUUGCCAACUACGGUCAAUGAAUUGAAAAUAAAACCAGCAAAAAAAUGUAUAAAGGAUGUGAACGUGCCAUUUCUGGACAUAGACACAACCGAGAAGGCUAGUGUGACUGAAAAAGAAACAAAGGCUGAAAACAGUGUUGUACAUUCAGGCGAUACGGAUUCAUCUGACGAUGAAGACAACAAAUAUUUUGAAGAAGUCAAAUACAACAGUUGUGGGAAAAGUAUUAAAAAUAGCCUCAAGAAUAAAGAUUCGCCAUACAGGGAUAAAAUCAUCCCAAAUAAUAAUUACUGGAAACCCAAAGCAACAGAAAAUGUCGAGCCAAAGACGUUUUGCCUUCCAAAAAAAAUUGAAAAAACAGGUCAGACUAAGCAGGAUAUAGGUAUGGAACCUUUUCUUGGGAUAAGAAUAGUUAAUCCAUUGUACUCAUCUACAGUCCUCAAGGAAAAAAUGAGUGGAAGGACCCCAAUUAGUUUUUUCACAUUGAAAAAUCACGUUAAGCAUUCAGAUUUAAAAACCGAUUGGGUCCUGGCUGGCGUAAUUGUGAAUCAAUCAGCACCUAAAAUUUCUCAAAAAGGGUCAAAAUAUGUAAUCUGGACGUUGAGCGAUUUAAAACCAGAAUUGAAAACAGCGGCUGUUUUCCUUUUUGGAAAGUGUUUUGACAAAUUGUGGAAGACAAGCGUGGGUACCGUAAUCGGCAUAUUGAAUCCUAACGUUAUGAACCAAAAUGACAAAGCCAAAGAUGAAGCGACGCUCUCUGUGAUGAAUCCCGACCAGAUUAUGAUUUGGGGACGAUCCAAAGAUUUAGGACAGUGCAAAGGACUGAAAAAGGAUGGACAGAAGUGUACUUCAUUUGUUAAUUUAAGUCAAUGUGAAUACUGUAUUUAUCAUGUACAAAGGGAAUAUCGCAAAUACACAGGUCGGGGGGAGUUGCAAGCUGCAACUUGUGGACUUUCAAGAAAUAGACUUAGGAAUAAAGUGCUCGGAAAAGACGAGGUUUUUUACGGAGGAAAGAGUUUUACCUCACUACCUGUAAUCAGUAAUAAAAAGAAGAAAGUAGAGGAUGUAAAAAGGCUUUGUCAUCUAGGUGCUGAGCCAAAAACUCUGCCUAAACCAGAAACAUCUGUCCUUAAUAUGAAUUCAAGAUCUAAAGAUCUGUUAAAUAUGCUGAACAAAAAUCCUGGAGAACCACAGUCACAAUUCACCAAGGAUAAUAAUAGAUUAAAAUUAUUGUCGAAAUCGUCUACGAAUGAAAAGACAACAGAUAAAUAUUGUUCUGCUAAGAAAGUGCCUGUACUCAGUAAUCCAGAACUGGACUUUAAUGAAGAACCCGUAUCGCAAAGCCUUGUCAAAUCGGUCAGAAACAAUCCUAAAGGUCAUUUACAAACUAAAUUCAACAGCCUGCUAGCUAUGGCAGCAGAAAACUGCAAGCCUUCUAAGAGUAUUCCUACCUCGAAAGGAGCUUCUACUGCUGAACCUAUCUCCAGGUGCGAGCAAAAUGAUGAGAAACGAAUUGAUUCUAACCUCUCUGCUAAAAGCAAACACAUUUUGGAACCAAACAAGACCAACCUUCAGAAUACAGAAAUGUCAAAAGCAAAGUUAAUGGCUAUAGAAUAUGUUCGGAAACAUGGCAAAUUUUCCAAAGAAAAUCAAACAGGAAAAAACCCAAGCGCAGUUAUGAAGAAUUUAAAACGUGCCUUAGAAGAUAGCAAUGAGGAUGAUGAGCCACCGAAAAAGCAAGUGAUUUCGGAAAGAUUUCUUCAACUCAUGAAACAAGAGACAAAGCACAAAGAUCUUGUCGAACUAAACAAACAGGCCGAGGAAGAGGCCUAUUUCGCAAAAAUGGAAAAAAAGGAGCAGUUGGAAGAGAAAAUGAUGAAAACCUAUAAAAUCGAUUGCAAAGCCGUCUCCUGUUUGAAAUGUAAAUACACAUGGUUUUCCGCUUCUGAAGCUUGCAAAGAAGAGAGGCACCCGCUUAAAGUCGUUGAUGCCGUUAAAAGGUUUUUCAAAUGUUCGAGCUGCGGUAACAGGACCGUGAGCUUGAAUAUUAUUCCAAUUAUCGCCUGUAAAAAGUGCGGUUCUUCAAGCUGGGAGAAAACUUCCAUGAUGAAGGAAAGAGUUGUAAAGAAGAGUCAUGAAUUGAGUAUACGUGGAGGGGAGCAAACUUUCAUAAAUUCAGUUGUUCAGAAUGGUAAUCUGGGUUUGAUGAUGCCUGAUGAAUAAUUUAUGAAUGGCCAAGAGUUCGGCUUGGUUGUUGGAACACCAAGCUGCAAGUCAUCCCAUCACCCAGAUAUCACCUUGUAAGCUUUGUUGCUCAACAGAGGACCAAUCAGAAUUGGAUCAGGAACAGAAUUGGAAUCAGGAACGCGACGGAAAGCUGAUGAUCAGCAAGAAAACUAUUUGUUAGAAGAUUCAUAACUUUAUGGAUAGGUUUUUAGUUGAGAUAAAAAAGUGAGUGUCACGAGCGGGAUUCGAAC